ACACUACUCCCUGCACACAGUGAAGCAUAACUACACCUCUACACCUGAGCCACUGAGGUGCACAGGCAGGUCAGUAAGAGGGAGAAGUGGGGGAUGAACAGACUGUGUGAGGAGAGAAAUGUUUGUUUCAUGUGCUUAAAAUCAUAUUACUAAAUAAUAAUGAAAACUUUACUGAGAAGCAGCUUUAAAUUAUUAUCCUGCACAUACAGUCUCUUAUAUUCUUUUACAUUUUAAAAGCCUCAUAUUUUGCAUUUUCAUAUGUCACUUUUGCAAUAUGUCAUCAUGUCAUCUAAUUAUAUGUAUUGUAGCAAUUUUAAUAAUUGUCUCGCUUUGAAAAUGUGUUUCCUAAAAGAAAACAUUUGUUUUUCAAUAUUCAACAAGCAAGAAACAAAUUAAUACUUAAGUUUUAUUUGACUGAUUACAAUCUUGGAGAAAACUUCUGUGAAUUCUGAAUGACAAUUAAUUGCUCUUUUAAAUGUUUUCCGUGUACCCUGUCAUCUAACUAUGAAUUGAAUCAGUGACUUUCAGUGUCUUUGUGCAGUAUCAACUCUCGUGAAAUGCAAUUCUCUCGAUCAAUGGUCUUUGCUAUCGAUGAGAUCAACAACAGCACAGAUCUCCUGCCAGGCAUCAGGCUCGGUUACCAGAUAUAUGACUCGUGCGCUGCAGUGCCCAUGGCAGUGCAUUUGGCGUUUCAGCUUUCUAACGGUGAGCCACUUUGCUACGUGUGCCUGCUUGUCCAAUAAGCAGCAGUACCCAAGCUUCUUCAGAACAAUUCCCAGUGACCAGUACCAGGCAAAAGCACUGGCUAAGAUGGUGAAACAUUUUGGCUGGACAUGGAUAGGUGCAGUCCACUCAGAUUCUGACUAUGGCAAUAAUGGCAUGGCUUCUUUCCUGGAAGCAGCGCACAAAGAGGGAAUCUGUGUCGAAUAUUCUGAAUCAUUCUAUCGGACCCACCCACUUAGCAAGAUCCAGAAAGUGGCUGAUGUUAUUCGCAGGUCAACAGCUAUGGUUGUUGUGGCUUUUGCAGCCUCUGGAGACAUGAGGAUCCUGUUUGAGGAGCUAUUGCUGAAACCUUUGCCUCCUCGUCAGUGGAUAGGCAGUGAGGCCUGGGUAACUGACCCAGACAUGCUGAGGUUCACUUUCUGUGCCAGCGCCAUUGGAUUUGCAAUUGAAAAAUCUGUCAUUCCUGGUCUGAGAGACUUCCUGAUGGAUCUGCCACCAAAUAAAGUGGCUGCAUCUCCAGUGCUGACUGAAUUCUGGGAGAAUGAAUUCAACUGCCGGCUGGGUAGAAGUAAAUACAGAGAGUCAAGUGUCAGCAGUGAGAAGAGUCAGUGUGAUGGAACUGAAAACAUUCAGACUCUCCAGAGCCCGUACACUGACACGUCUCAGCUUCGAAUCACUAACAUGGUGUACAAGGCCGUCUAUGCAAUAGCACAUGCCAUUCACAACUCGGUGUGUCAGAAAACAAAUUCUACAGCUCAGUGCGACAGACUCACCAAAAUAGGCUCCACACAGGUUCUGACUGAGCUGAAAAAAGUCAGUUUUUCUCAAAAUGGUUAUGAAGUGUCAUUUGAUGCCAAUGGGGAUCCUGUGGCCACAUAUGACCUGGUCAACUGGCAACAGAGUCAGAGUGGCAGUGUUGAGUUGGUGACAGUGGGGCAUUACAAUGCAUCACUGCCAGUUGGCCAGGAAUUCAGCAUCAACAGAAACCUCACCUGGGUGGGGGGUAGCACACAAGUGCCAUCAUCAGUGUGUACUGACAGUUGUCCUCCAGGAACUCGUAAAGUCUUACAGAAAGGGAAACCUAUCUGCUGUUAUGAUUGUGUUCCAUGUCCUGAGGGAGAAAUCAGCAAUUCUACAGAUUCAUCAGACUGCUUCCCUUGCCCGAGGGAGUUCUGGUCUAAUGCAGAAAGAAGCACAUGUUUCCCAAAACCAGUGGAGUUUCUUUCCUUUGACGAGGUCCUAGGAAUCAUCCUGGCUGCAUUCUCAGUUGGUGGUGCCUGUCUGGCCAUUAUUACAGCAGCAGUGUUCUUUCGUCACAGGACUUCACCGAUUGUCAGGGCUAAUAACUCUGAACUGAGCUUCCUGCUGCUCUUCUCACUGGCUCUGUGUUUCUUAUGUUCAUUAACAUUUAUAGGAACACCCUCUGAGUGGUCCUGUAUGCUGCGUCACACAGCGUUUGGAAUCACCUUUGUCCUGUGCAUCUCUUGUGUUCUUGGGAAAACUAUGGUGGUGCUAAUGGCCUUCAAAGCUACACUUCCUGGUAGUAAUGCCAUGAAGUGGUUUGGUCCUCUACAGCAAAGAAUGACAGUAGUGUCCUUCACAUUUAUUCAAGUUUUAAUAUGUGCUAUCUGGUUGGCUGUUAGCCCCCCUUUUCCACUAAAAAACCUGACCACAUACAAAGAGAAGAUUAUCCUGGAGUGUGCUUUAGGUUCAGCUCUUGGGUUCUGGGCAGUUCUUGGGUACAUUGGCCUAUUGGCCGUCUUUUGUUUUGUGUUAGCUGUCCUGGCUCGAAAACUACCUGACAAUUUUAACGAAGCCAAGCUCAUCACCUUCAGCAUGUUGAUAUUCUGUGCAGUCUGGAUCACAUUUAUCCCAGCUUACGUCAGCUCACCUGGUAAAUUUACGGUGGCUGUGGAGAUAUUUGCCAUCCUGGCCUCCAGUUUUGGACUAAUUCUGUGUAUUUUUGCUCCCAAGUGUUUCAUCAUACUGUUUCAGCCAGAGAAGAACACCAAGAAACAAUUAAUGAACAAAAACCAAUUCUAGUGCAUCUAAGGAAAUAGUGAAAGAAAAAAGACAAAACUCCCUUAAACAGACUCAUAGACUUAAUUUAUAUUAUCAGCUUUUUCAUUUAUUCUUAUUAAUUGUGUCUUAUUUUAGUUCACAAAUUAAAA